AUGGGUGCCACUUUGUCUACUCCAAAGUUUUCCAACUUCGCGCACGAUUGCCAGGGGACAGAAUUCAACGGGGAUUCAACAACGGUCAUUGGGUUGAACUGCCAUAGUGAAAGCAGUAGUACCCCCCACACGUCCUGGCUCAAUCUUGACCUUUGUCUCUCUUAUGAGUCCCCCAAUCUGGUCGCUCACCAAGGUGGCGGUUACGUCUCGACCUCGAAGUGCACGAACUGCACCGGCACCGCCAACAACUACAGCUGUUACUGUUGUGCCUCCGACGUCUGGGCCUGGGCCAGUAUUGACCUAACCACUUUCAUCGGAGUCAACGACACCAACGGCGUGAUCUGUUGCAAUGCCGGAACCGAUGAGGCCCCGGCGGUUCAAUGCGGUGAUCUGCGGAACUUUUCAUAA